CCCAGUGCGGCCGUCAGGGAUGGCGGCGUCCAGUGGGACUGAGGCGGGUGGAGGUGGCGGAGUGGAAGGUGUCUGUGGGGAGCCGAGAGGAGCAAAGAUCCUGGCCGCCGGAGCCCCGCGUCGCGUCUGGGCGUGACGGUAGUCCCUAAGAGGCCAAGCUCAGUUGUCAUCCUUCUCUUCUGUAAGCUCCCGCCAUGACUCUGACGAAAGGUUCCUUCACGUACUCCAGUGGGGAGGAAUACCGUGGCGAGUGGAAGGAGGGCCGGAGACAUGGUUUUGGUCAACUGAUGUUUGCAGAUGGUGGCACCUACCUGGGUCACUUUGAGAAUGGGCUCUUUAAUGGCUUUGGAGUACUGACCUUCUCAGAUGGCUCAAGGUAUGAGGGGGAGUUUGCCCAGGGCAAGUUUAAUGGCGUCGGAGUUUUCAUUCGAUAUGACAACAUGACCUUUGAGGGGGAAUUUAAAAAUGGCCGAGUAGAUGGUUUUGGCUUGCUGACCUUCCCUGACGGUUCUCAUGGAAUACCCCGCAAUGAAGGUCUGUUUGAGAACAACACGCUGCUGCGGCGUGAGAAGUGUUCUGCUGUGGUUCAGCGGGCACAGAGUGCCUCCAAGUCAGCCAGGAAUCUCACUGCCUGAUGGAGCUUUGGGCACAGCUGGAAACAUCCCUUGUACGCGUGCGGGAGGUGAACAAAUGAACCGGAUAUGAGAUGAGAAUGACCGUGGUGCCACAGCCUAUGAGGUGCUCUGUCACCCGCCCAUCAGGAGUUCAGUCGCAGAAAAGCUUGGAGGAUUUUGGCCCCAGGACCCUGGAGCAGUCCGUCCUUCCCUGACCCUUAUGUGCUCAAGAACAGGGGCCGCCCUUGCGUCCUUGCUGUUACUGUGUUUCUAGAACCUUGUACCCAGUGUUGUGGCCUUCUCUCUAUCUGCUGUCAAACCGUACAGAAUCUCUUCACUCCACCCACCCUUAUGGCAGAUGAUCCUGGCUUCAACUUAGGGCCAGUCCUGUGUGCUGCCAGGGAGAAAUCAGGAAAAAGACAGGGGUGACUUAGACCACAGCCGCUCUGUAAAGCCCAGGCCAGAGCUUCUCUGUGUGUUACCCUCUCAUUCACUGCAUUUGAGGCCUGGCUCCAGGCUGGUCUCUGUGUCUUCUUAGUCCCCCUCAAUGUAAGAAGAGUGUGGCUUUCUUCUCCCUCAACUUUACAGUAAGCCGUCUUCCUUACCUGAGUUACCGCGGAUAGCCCAGUCCUGUGCCUCUCUCUCCCUUAGAUGUCUGACAGGAUCCCUUCAUAGAACAGCCAAAUAAGAAACUAGUGUAAGAGUAACUAUGACCUGUAUUCAUUAUUCAAUCCAGGGCACGGGGCAGGCCUAUCCAGGCCUCCUGUGGAAUGACCUGGAUCCCAGGAAGGCUUGCACUGAGAGUUCCUUCCCAGUGCAUCGGUGGAUCAGAUUCACAGCCCCUUGGGUGUCGGAAGACUCGGAUCCCUCCGAGUGUGAACUGACUGGCAUUGGCUCCUCCAUUUUACUCGUGAAUCUUCGAGAGCCUUGGCCCUCGAGCUUGGGACAGAUCUUCCUGCCAAAAGGAAGAUCUUCCAUCCCAAGGUCUCCAGCUAGCCUAGGUCCCUCCCCCAGCCCCAGCUCCCACCCUCAAGUCUCCCUCAUUAUAGCUGUGUGCCUCUAUUUAUUCUCUGAACUGUACUGUAGAAAUAAGUGUUUAUAGGAAUAAACCAGUCACCACAACUGCCUACACUUGUUUUGAAGUCAAGGUACCUUUAAAAUAUACACUUUGGCAUAACUCAA